AUGCGUUUUGGGAGGGCGCUGCUGAGCCCACUAAGCCGCCGAACGGUGGUCUCCAAAGACGCGGGGCCCUGCUGGGAACGGGUGUGCGGUGCCGGCGGCUGUCAGACCACCACGCAGGGACAUUUCACCGCCGGGCCCUGGGCAGGGCGGUCAGCUCGUCCCCCUGACACGGGCCGGCAGACGCACAGGCGCACGGGAGGCCUGCGGGAGCCUGCGGGUCGGGACGCUCGCCGCGCCCUAGGACCCGGGUCCCUAGCAGAUGCCCAGCGAGGAUCUGGGGCGCUAAGAGGCCAAUUAAGACGGGAAUGUCCUGUAGGGGGAGCAGGGCAGGCCCUGCACGGGGAGGGCGGGGCGGGGGGCGUUUCCCGCUCGGCUCUGGAAGCCGCUGCACGGGGAGUCUUGCCCGCCGCCAUGGAAGAGGAGGCCUCGCGCUGCGCGGUCCCCAGCUUGUCCCGGGCCGUCUCCAGGCGCGGAGCCUGGGUGCUCCUUGUCCUUUGUCUGCUGACCUCACUCUCCUGCUUGGUCUCCUACUUCCACUGCAACCACCGCUGCCCGGGGCAGCCUUGCCCGCUGGAGUCCGCGAGGGACGCGGCUGAGCUGCAGCUGAAUGUCACAGGUCCCCGGCAGGACCCCAGGCUGCGCUGGCAGGCGGACCCAUCCUUGGGGCGCUCUUUCCUGCACGGACCUUCACUGGACGACGGGCAACUGCGUGUCCGCCGCGACGGGGUCUACCACCUGCACAUCCAGGUGACCCUGGCCAAGUGCUCCUCCACGGGGCACGUCAGGCACCACGACGCCACCCUGGCCGUGGGCGUCUGCUCCGCCACCCACAGCGUCAGCCUGCUGCGCCUGGGCUUUGGCCAGGGUUGCACUGUGGCCUCCCAGCGCCUGACGCCGCUGGCCCGCGGGGACGUCCUCUGCACCAACCUGAGCCUGCAGCUGCUGCCCUCCCCAAACGCCGACGAGACCUUCUUUGGCAUCCAGUGGGUCCGCUCCUGACCGACACCUGCUUGGUUGGUCUGCUUCUGUUUUCUGUAAAUAAAUGUAUUUUCCAAUUU